AUGGCGGCGAACCUGUCAGUGUCGGACCAGAUCCGGCAGCUCAACGAUGCCCGAAAGCUCGUCCUGGGAGACGUCAAAUACUAUCCAAGUAUCGUCAGAGGAAUCCUCCCCAUCAUUGGACCGAACGCGGCGAUCGAACUUCGACGAUGGGGCGCCGAAUUCCUCGCCGAGGCCUUUGCGACGCCAGCGCUGCCGAACGGAGAGAAGGAGACGAUGCAGCCCUACGUAUUGGCGACACUAGAAUCGAUGAUCGAGAAUGAUCGAGAAGACCCCCAAGUCAUCCGGAGCGUGAUCCAGUGCGCCGCCAGCAUCUAUCCGCUAGCGUUGAGGUGGAUCAUAAAUAACAGCUACGAUACAAUUACGUGGCAGAGAAUGGUGGCAAUCAAGCAGAAGAUUUUACGGAUAUGGGACAACGCAGCCCCUUCCGUGAGGAUCUGCUGCAUAAAGUUUGCGCAACGUGUGGUUUUGGCGCAGAGUGUCGCUUCUGGUGCUGAGCUCAGAUAUGGUGGCACUCUCGAUGUCUCCUUGGACAAAGUCCCCCCGGGCCACCAGUCCCUCGACCCCCGGAAUUUGGAGGCAGAAGCAUCAGGGCUCCUGGACCGAAUGCUUAUAGUGCUUCAAGAGAGCAGUGAUGCAUUGGUCGUAGAUGCGACGCUCAAUUGCUUGUCUAUUCUCGUGAGAACGCGCCCGGCAACCUCGAAUCGAGUUGUCAAUGCUCUUCUCAACUUCAACCCCCUCAAGCUCGCAAACUCACCCCUCACACCCAAAACUCGCGUCAUGAUGAAAUCGAUGGAGAAGACAAGUCGACUGCUCUUGAUCCACCUGAUGAAGCGAGAUCCUCACAACCCCAUGACGCCCAGGAUUCAGCAGCACGUAGAGCGUAUGAUGCGCACCAUGGCUGAGAUAUUCGACGACUCGGGAAGGAAACGGCCUCUCGCGGCACAGCACCAUGACGGAUAUGAUGCUAAACGACAACGGCUGACUCCCGCCCAGAUCCAGGUGCCCCCGCUGGGUCCUGGCACGCACAGCCUGGCAGAUGUGUUCACAUUGAUCGAUAAUGACGCUCUAAGGAACUUUGACAUCUUCCAGGUCCCUGCACCCAUGGUGGCCAAGAUCGCAGUCACGACGCUUGCGAGUAUCGAUCAGCAAGUGUUGGCCAAGGCGGUUGAUGGUAUCCGUGGACGUCUAGACGCCCUUGCCAGUGCUCCAGCUCCCGAACUGAACCCCAAUACCGCCCCGUUGGGUGUGGAUGAAGACGACGACGACUACGAGCCCGACUUUUACCAGGCUGAGGAUACAGAACAGAUCCUCAACAAGCUAGAUAGCGCUCCUGUUCACGAUGCGUCGUCAGGUCUAGAGGACAGCCUUGCUUUGAAGUCGUUCCACCUUCACCAACCCCAGGCACUGACACCGGAAACGGCUCUAACAGCGGGUAACGGGACCGUGACGCGGGUGAUUGAGAUGAUGAAAUCUUUAGAGGAUCCCUCAAAGAAGAGCAAGGCUGGCUUCAGUAGGCUAGCUGCCAGCUCUGGAAACCGAGACUCGUGGAUGACGAUACUGGCACGACUGGCGACGCGGUCAGUGGCUGGCCUCGAGGGAGUAUCUGUGAAGGACGAGGGUGACCCAUCAGCACCGCAAUCCCUCAGCAGUAACAUCCGCGACGUGCUUUAUGCCUACGUGAUGGAAGACUUCCGGAAACACAUCGAUGUGGCAGUUUCGUGGCUGUGUGAAGAAUGGUACAACGACAAGCUACAGCAGAAGUCAGGCGGCGAUCGACUGCUGCACUACGAAAAGUGCUGCCUGCGGCUGAUUGAUGGGUUCUUGCCAUAUCUGAACGCCCAGGACAAGGUGCUCACGCGAUUCCUGAGCGAGAUUCCGGAGCUGAACCGGAAUAUUCUAUCUCGGGUGAAGCACAUGUGUCGCGAUCCCAGCAUUGUGCAGUUGGCCCUAACAAGCCUGCUCUACUUGGUCAUGAUGCGACCGCCUAUCAAGGAAAUUGCUCUGGAUACGGUGCAAGAUAUUUGGACCGAGUUCGAGGAGGCGAGGCCUAUGGCGGGCAAGUAUCUGUCCAAGUAUCGGCCUGCUUUCAUGGAGGCAGGACGGGAGGCAGCUGGCGACAAUGCUGGGCAGGCGACAGCACCAGCCAUCGCAGCUUGA